AUGAAUUAUAAUGAAAGAUUAUUUUGGUAUAUAGUUAGAAACGAAAAAAAAAUAUUCAAUUUAAUAUUAGAUAAAGUUAGAGAAGAGAAUAACAGUAUUUGUAAUUAUCAAGGUGAAGAUGACAUUGAUAGAUAUUAUUAUAUUGGUAACAAAAGAAGUAUAGAAGAUAUAUGCGAAUUAGAAUGGUUCUUAAAGAAUAAUAGUCAAAAAAGGAUCCAAUUACUAUUAAACAAAUUAAAAGAAAAUAGAUAUAUUAGGUGCACAGAUGAAUCUUUAGAGCUAUUGUUCUCAAAAUCAUGUGAUUUCCUUAAUGAUGAUCAAUUAAUCGAAAUUAUAGAUCUUCUUUUAAAAUUACAACAUGUCAGUAUUUAUAAUAAACUUAAUCAACAGAUUCAACAAAAACAACAUCAAAAAAGGAAACAAGAGGCCGAGCAACAAGAAUCAUUUGAACCACAACACCCCGAUCUUACCACCGAAAAUUUUGGCAAAGAAGAAGAUGAUAAUGGUAGUUUAGAAGGUCUAGAAGAAUCAUUGCAAAAAUUGAAAUUAAAAGAUUCAUUGGAGUCAAUAAAAUCAUCUACAACUAGCGCAGACUCUAUCUUAAAUAAUAAUAAUAACAAUGAUAAUAAUAAUGAUAUUGAUGGUUAUAAUAGUAAAAACAAUAUUUAUCAACAAAAAUUAUUAAAAAUUAUUAAAAAACAAAUUAAAUCACCUUUAUUAAUCGAUUAUGCAAUAAAAUAUAAUAGGGAUAAAGUGUUAGUUUUUUUAUUUAAAAAUCAUUGUAUACCAAUUUUUCCGAGUGUACUAGAAUCAAUUAUAGAGAGUAAAAGCGCGCAACUCUUAGAGUCAAUUAUAGACGCAACUGAAUAUAAUGGUUUAAUAGUCGGUGAUGAUACCAAAAGAAUUUCAAUAAAACUGGCAUGUUCAAAUGAAAAGUAUAGAGAUGAAAUGUUAGAACUGAUCUUUAAUUUUCCUGACCUUUAUACGAUAGAAGAAGAAAACUUUACAACAGAAAAAGAACUAAAUCCCUAUUUUUCGACAUUAUCAAGUAUUAGCAAAAGUAGUAAUGGUUAUAAUUUUAGUGACUCUGGUAGUAAUAAUGGUUAUAAUAACGAUGGUUUUAGUGAAAAUAGUUACAAAACCAAUAGCAAUAGUAAUAAACUCAACAAUACAUACUUUCACUCCAAUAAUGAUAAUAGUAAUAAUGAUUUUGGUAAGAAUAUUAAUAGUAGUAACAAUAAUAAUUUAAAUGGUUAUAAUUUAGAAAAAUUAAAAAAAUUAGCCAAAGUAGACUUUAAAGACUUUUUAUCAAUUAAAUCAUUCGAAUUAAAAAAUAAAUUAUUAGAUUUAAAUUUAGUCAACAAAUCAAAGAUUUCGAUUUUUUCAGAUACAAUUAAAACUUUAAAUAACUGCUCAAUUAGAGAGUUGGAAUUUUAUAUUAAAGUUAUUUUCAAACUAUGUUUUCAAACUAGUGAAAAUAAAAUACCAGAAUCAGUUCAAAAUCAAAUUAAUCAAGUUUUUCAUUAUAACCCAAGUGCCAGUAUAAAUGGAAUAGACUAUGAUAAUCAAGUUAAAAUUAGUGAAAUCAAAAAGAGACUAAAGUUAAUUAUUAUUAAAAUUUCAAACUCAGGCCAACUCUACCAUAACUAUUUGUUGGAAUAUGACGACCCAAUCGAAGAGUUUAUAGAUGACUGUAUAGUUUAUAGAUUUGCAUUUCAAAACUUUAGCCCCAAUGCCUUGAAUUACCUUAUAAAUAGAAAGUAUAUUGUUCAGCCAGAUCUACAACUAAAAUGCGAUUUCAACAGAGAAGCCAUAAUGAACAAUCAAAAGAGAGCUCUACUUUUUAUAAAUCUUUACCGUUCAAGUAGCAACUCUAGCGUUUAUUAUAAAAAAUGGGACAAGCUUUUAUUUAAAGUCUCAAUGUGCUCCACACUAGAGUUUUAUUUAUCAGUAACUGCAUACAUUCACUCAACAGAGAAACUGCCAUCAUGGAAUCCAUACUGGUUGGAAAAUAAAAAAAAGGGUUUUAUUGAAGUUCAUGAUACCGCAACUAUUAAUUGGUUAUUUUCAAAUCAAUAUGGAAAUUCAAUUUUAAAGAAAAUUAUUUCAAAAAUACAAUCAAUUGACCAAUUUAGUAACGAAUUUCAAAAUUUAGACUACUUUAAAUUCAAAUUUCAAUCAAUUGAACUUUCAAAUACUUUUUUUGUUAAAUUAAAAGAGUAUUUAAAUAACAGUGGUAAUAAUAGCGGUAUUUCAAAUAAUGGAAACCAACUAAAUAAGAGUUCAAAUAAUUUAAAUAAUAGUAGCAAUAGACUUUUUAAUUUAUUCUCUUCAUCAUCAUCAUCAAAUUCGAACAACUCUUUAUCAUCAUCUGGUAAUUCAAUUAGUACUUUAACAUCACCAUUUUCAUCACUAUCCUCGUCCAUUUCAUCAUUAUCAUUAUCACUAUCCUCCUCUUCAAACUCACUAAACAACCCAUCAUCAUCAAAUAGCUCCACUUCUCCUCCAGCAUUAUAUAAUUUUAAUAAUAAUUUUAAAAAUUUUAUUUAUUGGUUUAUUUUUUAUAAAUCAUUAAAUGAAUGUAAUAUUGAAAACUUAAAAUUUUUAAACAAUACAAUACAGUUGAAAUUUAUAAAAAAUCAUCAUUAUAAUCAAAUUCAAAGCGAAAUAUCCUCACUAUUUUCAAAACAACCAAUGAAUAAUAUUAAACAACUACUUGGCUAUUUAAACUCUAUUCAGUAUAAAUUCUUUAACACCCACCAAUUUAUAUUAUUCACAAAUUUAUUAUUUGAAACAAUUAAGCUACAAAAACUAAACCAAAAAAGCAACGCAACAAGAAAACAAAUGACAUCCACACCCCCCACCUCCUCAUCAGAUCUUUCAUCGAAUAGUCAUUUAGAUUUAUUAAAAUUAGAAAUUAACUAUUCCACUACCAUCUUACAAAAAUCAGCAUUUAAUCAAUUGAUCAAUUAUUUAUUUGAAUUUAAUCUACCAAUCGUUCAAAUGAUUUGGCUAAAUUUAAAAAACUCCACAUUCAAUGGUAUCAUUGACUACGAAUUAUUCAAUAGCGAAUGGAAAGAGCAGGUUCAAAAUCAAAAAUACUAUAUUUUCAAUACCUAUCGCCAAAUCUAUUCAAUUAAUCAAGAUUCAGAACAACUAGUAUUGCUCAUAAAGUUUUGGGUAUUGGAAUUCAAAGAAUCAAAUGGUAUUUUAUCGGGUCAAAACAAUUUAAUAAUUUUAACAAUUUUAAAUCAUCUAUUUAAAAAAUUAUUACAAAUUAAAGAUAUCACACUACAGGUGGUAAAGCCAAUUCAUCAACUUUUAAAACAAAAUCAAGUUCCCGUUUUUCAUGAAAUAUUCCAUGUGUUUUUUUAUUUAAAACUAAAAUCACCUCUAUUGACAAACUAUAUAGUUUCAAAAAGAAACAUCAUUAAUAUAUUUGGUUUCUACAAUCAGGAAUCAUUACAAAGAUCCCAAUGCUCCUUUAUUACCAAUGAAUUUUAUACAGGUAAAGAAUUUCCUCAAGAUUCAAUCUACAAUAUAUCAAAUCUUUUAGAUACAAUUCACUUUACAUGGGAUUAUAUUAUUGAACAAUCUAGCUUUGAACAACUAUUUUUCAAAUUAAACUAUCAACUAACCUUUGAACCACUUUAUCAAAAUAUUAAGCUAUCAAAUAACUAUCUGGAUGAAUCAAUCGAAGAAGAUUUUGAAUAUUUAUUAAAAAUUAAUAAAUAUGAUUCAUUCUUUAUUCAUUUAGAUAAUUGUUUAAAUAAUAGAAUCAUUAAAAACAAUAAUAAACACAGUAAUAAUAAUAGUAAUGAUUCAAACAAUAUAAGCAAUAACUUUAAAUUUACUGAUAAAUUAUUACACUCCAUCCUAUCACAGUUAAAUAUAAAUAAUUUUAAAAAAUUUUUACUAUUAAAUAAUAUUCUGCAAUAUAAUAAUAAUAAUAAUGAAUAUAUAGUUAAUCAAGUAUUAAAUAAUAAUCAAUUAAAUUUAGUUCAACAAUUAGCAAACAUUAGUUUAUCAAUCGAAAACAACUCGAUUCUAAUAUUCAUAUUCAGUAACUUUAUACAACUUUUAAAUUUAUUAGAAUUAAAUUGGUUAUCAUUAUUUAGAAACAAUGAUUUUAGAAAAGUUGAAUAUUUUAUAUUCUUUAAUCAAAAUAGUGGCGCUAAUAACGACAUCAACAUAGCAAAUCAAAAUGGCAGCACAGAUUAUCGUUCAAAAAUUUUAAAAAUAUUUAUAGAAUCACAUUCAUUUUUUGAGCAAUCAUUUAUCAAUGGCAAUAUUCAGCUAUGUGAUUUAUUAAUAUUUAAUUUACCAUUUGCCCAAUAUGAAAUUACCAGAGAUAUGUUAUUAAAAGCUGUGGAUUUAAAAAAGAUAAAUAUUAUUCAGUAUUACUAUCAAAACGGUCUAAUAGAAGAGGAUGGCCAAUUAGAUUUUUUAAGAAAUCAAUUAUUAAAUCAUUAUAAUUUUAAAUUUUUAAAUUUAUUAAAUUAA